CACACACACACACACACACACACACACACACACACACACACACACACACACACACACACACACACACACACACACACACACACACACACACACACACACACACACACACACAGGUAAGUAAUAGACAUGGGCGCGCGCGUGAGUCGCCUGUUCAGAAACUUUAACCUAGAGGCUCGCGCGCACCGUGAAAUCGGCAAAACCAAACCAGAAGCGGCGCCACGAUACACCGUACCGGUUCAUCACAGUAACAGCGUUCCGGCCGUGUGUGUUACAGUGAGUCAGAUCCAGAUGAAGGACGAUCCGCUACUGAACCGACUGCGACAAGUUUAUGUGGAUUCUAAAGACCCACAAACACCGACUCUAGCAGGUGUAAGGAGGCAGCAGAAGGUGGACUUCCGGCCUCUCAGUACCUCACUGGCGCCACCUGGAGUGUGUGAUGUUACAGAUGUGCCCAAAGGGAAGCUGAACAUUGUGGAAGCGCUAACCGCUCUAAACAAACAUAAGCUAACACCUGAGGAGUGGCCAGCUGACAGGAUAGCACAGGAGCUAAUGCUAGAACACAGCGACGCACAAGCGUUAACAUGCUACUUUAUUCCCUUUAACAUUAAAGUCAUUAAAGCCCCCCGAGCCGAUGACAUACAGACGCGUGUCACUGACCCCUAAUGCACUGUUACUGCGCUUUUCUCCCAUAUUGUGCUUACAUAUUGUAGAAUUAUUAUUUGGCCACAAUUAAUAUUCAUUAAUAUAAGAAAUGUUUAAUGUCCUGAUAAUUCCUAAAUUAGUUACUGUAUAAAAACACUUUAUUUAGCAGUAAUUGUGUUUUAUAUAAGUGACGGCAGAUGAAGUUUCUUUUUAUAAAAAUGAAAAAGAACUUUAUUUUAAAAUCCAUCAACCAAACGUAUAUAAAUUAUUUAAUGUGAUGAAAAUACCAGACCCCUGUUUUGUUAUACUUUUUCUUUCCUCAUUUAUGCUUUAAAUAAUAAAAGUUCAACAAUAUAGAAAUGGAAA